AUGUUGAUUUUAACAGGGCUCUUCUGGAGCAGUUCUGGUCUUUCUCGUCCGUACCACUAUAUAAAUGCAGCAAUGUCGUGGCCAGAGGCUCAGAGUUACUGCAGAGAAAGAUUCACUGAUCUGGCUACUGUAGACAGCAUGGAUGAUGUGAACAGGCUGGUAAAUAAAGUGGAUGCUGGAUACAGUGGAUCAGUGUGGAUUGGACUGAAGAGGGGGACACAGAAACAAUGGAGUUGGUCUAAUGGAGAAAACACAACUUCUCAGUACUACAACUGGGCUUCAGGACAGCCAAAUUGGGAUGGAGAUUGUGUAGUUAUAUUUUCUGGAUUUUGGCAUAAUAUGUCAUGUAGCUAUAAGCGAUAUUUUGUGUGCUAUAAAAAUGAUGGAUACUUCUUCAUACAGAAUGCUAAAAUCUGGACAGAUGCUCGGAACUACUGCAGACAGUAUUACACAGACCUAGCCACCAUCCACAACUCAGAGGAAAAUGACCAGGUAAUUAUGAAAGUUUUAUCUGGAUGGUACAUCUGGUUUGGUCUGUUUCUGGACUCUUGGGAAUGGUCUGAUCAGUGGGAUCUGAGGUUCAGACACUGGGCAGCAGGUCAACCAUUGAUGAGUUCAGGAUCUGGUGACUGUGUUGGCAUGUCAACAACUGAUUCUGGCAGAUGGGCUCACUACAGCUGUGAUCUACAGCAGCCUUUUAUCUGCUAUGGAGAUGACAAGAGAAAACAAAUUGUGAGACUGAAAGUGACCUGUAAGGGAAAAUGUGCAUUGAAUGAUCCUUCACUACAGACGGCCAUUCUGAAUGAGAUAAGUGAAAAGCUGAAGAACAUGAGGUUGGAGAGUGACAGCAAAAUAAGCUGGAGAAAGGGGGGAGAUGGAGAGGCGUUUCAUCAGGAGAACAGCCAUAUAGUGAAUUUGGAUAAUAAAUGUAAUGGGCAUCCGUAA